AUGUCAAAGUGGCUGGUGGGGGCCGCGCCGGCAUUGGGUCCUCCGCCGGGAAUGUACACCCUCCCACCAACCCCAAAUCCAGGGGCGCUGUGCCUCGGCACCGCCAUCGGGCCUAAAUUUCUCCAGCUGUUCGCCGCCAGAUCGUACACCUCCGUCUCGUUAAACGUCCCGCUCUCGACCUCCAUGUUCCCCUCCCCGCCAACGAUCGAGGACGAAGACAUUGGCACCGCGUGGCUAAAGUUCAUCGGACCUCUCCUUACGGACAGCUCCAGGAGCGAAUCCGCAGUUCUUCAGGCUUACACGACUAGCAGUCACCUCCAGCGGCUCUAG